AAAGCUCUGCCACCUUGAAUUGGGAUAGAGAAGCAGCGCUAGUGAGAGAAAGGGGAAGAUGUCUUCUUUUGCUCCAUUACUGCGGUGCAGCUGCGGAGAGAGGAGCAGAUGAAGGAGUUCGUUUUGAAGUGGUGAGCUUCUGAAUCUUCGAGCAGGGGAAGGAAGUAUUUGUUUGGGUGUUUUCAAGUUCUUUUUUUUGGAAAAAAAGGUUAGAUUUUUGGGGAAGAAAGGAGGGCGGCGGCGCAUGUUAGCGCCGGCGAUGGUGGUUCAUGGUGGUUUCAGGUGUGCUGCAGUUAUGGUUGCGCUUAUCUGCUGCAGUGUGUUGUGCGCCGGUGUGGCGACGUUCGCCGGCGAAGUUUCGAGAAAGCAGAUCGCCGUCGGCAAGCGUCUGCGAAGGGUUAAUAAGCCGGCCUUGAAAAGCAUUCAGAGUCCUGAUGGAGAUGUAAUAGACUGUGUUCACAUUGCUCACCAGCCUGCAUUCGAUCACCCUUUCCUUAAAAACCAUACAAUCCAGAUGAGGCCUGCUUUCCAUCCAGAAGGUCUUUAUGAUGAGAGCAAGCUAGUUUCAGACUCAGGAGCGAAGGAACAGAAAACCAUACUUCAGCUUUGGCAUCAAAAUGGGAGGUGCCCGAAGGGCACAAUACCAAUAAGAAGGACGAAGGGGGAAGACGUUCUUAGAGCUACGUCAGUUAAGAGGUUUGGAAGAAAGAAGCAUAAAACUAUACCAAAGCCAAGAUUUGCUGAUCCAGAUCUCAUCAAUGAGAGUGGCCAUCAGCAUGCAAUCGCAUAUGUUGAAGGAGAAAAGUAUUAUGGUGCCAAGGCAAUUAUAAAUGUCUGGGAACCAAAGAUUCAACAGUUCAAUGAAUUCAGUCUCUCCCAGCUAUGGAUCUUAGGGGGCUCCUUUGGUGAAGACCUCAAUAGCAUUGAAGCUGGUUGGCAGGUCAGUCCUGAUCUUUAUGGGGAUAAUAACACCCGACUCUUCACUUACUGGACUAGUGAUGCUUAUCAAGCAACUGGCUGCUAUAAUCUACUGUGCUCUGGGUUCAUUCAAAUCAACAGUGAUAUUGCAAUGGGGGCCAGCAUCUCCCCUAUCUCCGAUUAUGGGGGCUCACAGUAUGACAUCAGCAUACUUGUCUGGAAGGAUCCAAAGGAAGGAAACUGGUGGAUGCAAUUUGGAAGUGAUCUGGUGCUCGGUUACUGGCCUUCUUUCCUAUUCUCCUACCUAGCAGACAGUGCCUCCAUGAUCGAAUGGGGAGGAGAGGUUGUAAACUCUCAGCCAGAUGGAGAACACACAGCUACUGAAAUGGGGAGCGGCCAUUUUCCCGAAGAAGGAUUCGGCAAAGCCAGCUAUUUCAGAAACAUCCAGAUAGUUGAUGAAUCUAAUAACCUCAGAUCUCCCAAAAAUGUUGGAACUUUCACGGAGCAAUCUAAUUGUUAUGAUGUGCAGAACGAGAAUAAUGGUGAUUGGGGGACUUUUUUUUACUAUGGCGGCCCUGGAAGAAAUUCCGAUUGUUAAUAGCGAAAGAAAAAAUUAAAAAUUUAACCUCUUGUACUAUUCAAUGUUAACUGAAGACCGUAGUUUAGUAAGGGAUUUUGGUUCUUU